AUGAUACAGAUAGUGUUCUUUUCCAGGGAUCUGAGUGAGAAUGCCAUCCAGGCCAUCCCAAGGCGAGCGUUCAGAGGAGCCACAGACCUCAAAAAUCUUCAGCUGGAUAAAAACCACAUCAGCUGCAUCGAGGAAGGAGCGUUCAGAGCUCUGCGAUCCUUGGAAGUGCUCACCCUGAACAACAACAACAUCAGCACCAUCCCAGUCUCCAGUUUUAACCACAUGCCAAAACUCCGCACCUUUCGUCUCCACUCUAACGCCCUGCGCUGUGACUGUCACCUGGCCUGGCUUUCCCCAUGGCUCCGUCAGCGGUCUGCUCUGGGCCUCUACACUCAGUGCAGUUCUCCCCCAGCACUGCGGGGCCUCAACCUCGCAGAGCUGCGUAAGAGUAAUUUCGCCUGUCCAGGCCACAGUGGGAGUGCCUUCGUUCAGCCAUGCAGCUUGGCGUCCGGGUCCUGCCCUCCCAUGUGUUCCUGUAGCAACAACAUCGUCAACUGUCGAGGGAGGGGCCUAACCGCCAUACCUGCCCACCUGCCAGAGGCCAUGACAGAGAUUCGUCUGGAGCAGAACGGCAUCAAGUCGGUUCCUCCUGGUGCUUUCAGCUCUUACAAGAAACUUCGGCGAAUAGACCUGAGCAACAACCAGAUAUCUGAGAUCGCUCCUGAUGCGUUCAACGGCCUCAGAGCUCUGAACUCACUGGUUUUGUAUGGUAAUAAAAUCACCGAGCUACCCAGUGGAGUUUUUGAUGGCCUGGUUUCUCUUGAGCUGCUAUUGCUGAAUGCAAAUAAAAUCCACUGUGUCCGUGCCACAGCAUUCAAAGACCUGGAAAACUUGGCCCUUCUAUCUUUAUACGACAACAAGAUCCAGAGUCUGGCAAAGGGAACCUUCAGCUCCCUGCACAGCAUCCAGACCCUCCACCUGGCCCAAAACCCGUUUGUUUGUGACUGUCAUGUGAAGUGGCUGGCUGACUUCUUGAGUUCGAACCCGAUAGAGACCAGCGGAGCUCGCUGUGCCAGCCCUCGCCGCCUUGCCAACAAACGCAUUGCUCAGAUCAAGAGCAACAAGUUCAGAUGCUCCGCCAAGGAACAGUACCACAUCCCAGGUGCUGAAGACCGACGCCUGAGCCACGAAUGUAACAGUAAACCUGUGUGUCCUGCUAAAUGUCGCUGUGAGGCCAAUGUGGUCGACUGCUCCAAUCUACGACUCACCAAGUUCCCAGAGCACCUGCCGCCGAACACUGAAGAGCUGCGACUUAACAACAAUGACCUGUCCAUGCUGGAGGCCACCGGGGCCUUCAAGGGUCUAUCACAACUCAAGAAAAUUAACUUGAGCAACAAUAAGAUUUCAGAGAUUGAGGAUGGUGCGUUUGAAGGUGCCUCUUCUGUGGUGGAGCUUCACCUCACAGCCAACCACCUGGAGUCCGUGCGAGGGAGCAUGUUUAAAGGCAUGGAGGGCCUGCGCAUGCUGAUGCUGAGGAACAACAGGAUUAGCUGCAUCCAUAACAGCAGCUUCACAGGGCUGUCCAACGUCCGGCUGCUCUCCCUCUACGACAACCAGCUCACUACCAUCCUGCCUGGGGCCUUUGACACGCUGCCCAACCUGUCCACUCUAAACCUCUUGGCCAAUCCCUUCAACUGUGAUUGCCACCUGUCCUGGUUCGGGGCGUGGCUCAGAAGUCGUCGGAUCGUUACGGGGAAUCCUCGGUGUCAGAGCCCCUCUUUUCUUCGAGGGAUUCCUCUGCAGGAUGUAGCUGUGCCUGAUUUCCGCUGCGAGGAUGGUUCAGGGCUGGAUGACCGGCGCUGCGUUGCAGGGCCGCAGUGUCCCAGUCAGUGUUCCUGCAUGGACACGGUCGUUCGCUGCAGCAACAAACACCUGCAGGCUCUGCCCAGAGGACUUCCCCGCAACAUCACCGAGCUGUACCUGGAUGGAAACCAGUUCACCAGUGUUCCUAAGGAGUUAGCCACCUUCAAGUACCUGCAGCUUGUAGACCUGAGCAACAAUAAAAUUAGCUCCCUGUCCAAUGACUCCUUCGCCAAUAUGAGCCAACUCACCACCCUGAUCCUCAGUUACAACUCAUUACAGUGUAUCCCUCCUCUGGCGCUGGCCGGCUUGCGCUCCCUGAGACUGCUUUCUCUCCAUGGCAACGACAUCUCUGAGCUGCAGGAGGGAAUCUUCGGUGACCUGGCCUCUCUGUCUCACCUAGCCAUCGGAGCCAACCCUCUGUACUGCGACUGCCGGCUGCUCUGGCUGUCAGACUGGGUGAAGAGCGGCUAUAAGGAGCCCGGCAUCGCCCGCUGCGCCGGCCCCCGGGGCAUGGAGGGCAAGCUGCUGCUCACCACACCAGCUGACAAGUUUCAGUGUCUGGGUCCAGUGGACGUGUCCGUUCAGGCCAAAUGCAGCCCAUGCGUGUCCUCGCCUUGCCAGAACCAGGGAACCUGCCACAUCCACCAAACCCAACAGUACACCUGCAGCUGCAGGUCUGGCUUCACGGGUAAACAUUGUGAGACCCCGGUCGAUGCUUGUGUCAGCAACCCCUGCACCAAUGGAGGAACCUGCCUAAGAGACGAGCAGACAGGAGGCUUCAGCUGCGCAUGCCCGUUCGGCUUCCAUGGCACGUUUUGCGAAGUCAACGUGGACGACUGCGAGGAUCACGGAUGUGACAACGGGGCCACCUGUGUUGAUGGAGUCGGCAACUAUACGUGCCUGUGUCCUCCCAACUUCAGAGGUCUGUUCUGCGAGGAGGAGGAUGAUGUUUGCUCUCCAGGUAGAAAUCCUUGUCAGCAUCAGUCCACCUGCGUCAGCAGCCCGUCAGGCCCCAGGUGUGUUUGCAUCCCUGGGUGGGUGGGACCGGACUGCAGUAUAGACUACAAUGAGUGCGUGGAUCACCGCUGUCAGAACGCGGCUCAGUGUGUCGACCAUCUGGACGGCUAUAGCUGUGUCUGCCCACUGGGAUUCAGUGGUGAGUUUUGUGAGAAGAGAGAUGUUCAGCAGACGCCCUGCCAGCUGGCCAAGUGUCAGAACGGCGCCUCCUGUGACGAAAAACUGGGAACUGCGGUCUGUCAGUGUCUGCCCGGCUUUGAGGGCCAAAGUUGCGAGAAGUUGGUUAGCGUCAACUUCGUCGACAGAGAUUCUUAUGUCCAGCUUCAAGAUGUGAAAAACUGGCCUCAGUCUAACAUCACAUUGCAGGUUUCGACUGCAGAAGAUAACGGCAUCUUGCUCUAUAAUGGGGACCGUGAGCCAAUCGCUGUGGAGCUCCAUCAGGGUCACGUUCGGGUCACCUAUGACCCCGGGAACAAGCCUGCCACAGUCAUCUAUAGUGCUGAGACGGUGAACGAUGGGCUUUUCCACACGGUUGAGCUGGUGACCUUUAAUCAGAUGGUGAACUUAUCUGUGGAUGGAGGAGAGCCAACGACUCUGGACAGCCAUGGCCGCGGCCUGCCAGUGACAGGAGAGACCCCUCUGUAUGUGGGAGGUAUGCCUAUGGAGGUUAUACCGACUUCUCGAGGACUCUCCUAUCAGACCAUCAACACGUCCAGCUUCCAGGGCUGCAUCAGGAACCUCUACAUAAACCACGAGCUGCAGGAUUUCACCCGCAGCCAAAUGAAGCCAGGCGUGGUACCAGGCUGCCAACCCUGCCGAGAACUUUACUGCCUGCAUGGCAUAUGCCAACCCAACAGUGCUCAGGGCCCCCAGUGUCAGUGCCAGGCGGGGUGGACGGGACAGCACUGCGACCAGCCAAUCACUGUGGGCCUUAGCGGGGUGGAUGUCGUCACCAUGGCCAACGGCAUCAACCCAUGUGAGGGCAACAAGUGUGUGAAGGGUGAAUGCAUGGUGUUGGAUGCUCAAACCUAUCGCUGUGAAUGUGAGAAAGGAUACAGAGGAGCGCUGUGUAACCUCCAGGAGGAGCCAGCAGGUUCGUGUCAGAGGCUGCAGUGUCUACACGGUCAGUGUCAGAAGACAGGGGAUGAAGAGCGCUGCAUCUGCGAUCAGGGAUACUCUGGAGAAAGCUGCAAUACAAGUGACGAGACCCCAUGCAGAGGUGAGCCGGUCAGAGACUACCACCGGCUGCAGCGAGGCUCCGUUCUCUGCCAGACAUCAAAACCUUUCUCCUGGGUGGAGUGUCAGGGUCACUGCCGAGCCGAGACCGCCGCCUCCUGCUGCGCCCCUCUGAGGGUCCGGCGGCGGCGUCUUACCUUCGAAUGUGACGACGGGACCUCAGUUACGCAGGAUGUAGAAAAGCCUGUGGAAUGUGGCUGCAAGGAGUGUGUGUAGCUCUGUGGGAGGGAGGUGCACACAUUUAGAUGCACACCGUGUGAAGUCCAGCCCCCAAACCCAGCUCCAGACGUACACUCGCUGUAGGAUUCUACCAUGCAUUUUGGGUGUUUGUUUUUUUUCGUGUGUUUGCACACAAAGGCAUUUUUGUAACAUAAGACAUUUUCUCAUCAACCGGUCGACCUCAUCCUCAUGCUCCUCUUCCUCACCUGCUGUAUCAGAACCCGUGUUCUGACUCCCAAACCGUCACACAUUAUUAAUUUACGUGAGUGAGCCCAAGUCCUGCUCCCCAUCCAGGAAACCAAAACCUGAUUAGACUGGUUUUUUUACCGCUGCUGUCCAGGAUCUGUAAUCUGUCAUCGUUUACUGCUGUCUCCUGCAUUCUCUCCAUAUUUUCUCUGCAGCAUGGAAGUAAGCAUCAAGUGUCCAGCUCAUUAUCCUUCAAGAUGUGAGUGAAUAUGCUAACCAGCGCCAGGUUUCCUGUGGUGUCACACAUUUUCUAAAAAAUGGUGCACCUCAUGUUACACUGUGACUGAAUUCCUGGCGUAUGUCCGGCGUUAUAUGGUGAUAUUAGCAAAAAGUCAGGCGGACAGAAUGCUAUGUGGGCGAAAUCAGACGUGUUACCCAGAGACGUUUUCCAACAUCUGUCUUCUGAUGUUCUUUCUUGUGAAGCUGCAGACGAUGAUGUGAAGACAUAGUGGCGUUAAAACACUCCUCCUGUAAGUCUAGAGCUUGUCUUCCAAAGCGACGCGUUCUGCUCCAGUCUCGCUCAAUCAGAAACAAACGGAAUCGAAGUAAAAUUUCCUCACAGUAGUGAGGAGAGAUAAUCUCCCAGGGGAGAAACAUCACACUAAGCUGAACUAAUUACACCAUUUUUUUUUUUUCUUUAAUGGCCUACCUUACAGUAAAAAUAAACAUGUUUACAGCCGGGUAAAAAAAACGAUAAUUAUUUUGUCCUUGUAAAGCAGCAAAAAAAGGAGCUAGAUUCUUAAUUGACUUACCUUAAUGAGCCAUAAUGCAUUCAAAAUUCACCUAAGAUGAUAUUGGCCACAUGCUGACCUUGAAGACGGUGACUUCGUCCAUCUUAAUUAUACAUUUACUCUUUUAGGAUAGAGCUUCUGCUGCUUGAGUGCACCCUACAGUGAUUUCCAAGGUCAUACGUUGGACCUUUUACAAGGAGAAUGGUUAGACAGAUACACUUUUCCUCCCAAAAGCUACGUAACAUUGUGCCAUCAUGUAUAUUACUGAAUACUUGGUUGUUUGUGUAAUAGCUUAAGUGAGUGCUCACUCAAUACAUCAUGACGUUAGCUGUUCUUCAUCAGGGCCCAUUAAAAGGUUUGGCUUCUAAAAGUUGUGCUGUAUGACGCCAAUUUCUCUUUAAGAGUUAUAUUUAAAGAAAGCAUUCCAAGGAGUUUUCAUACUGCUGUGAACCUUGAUUAUUUACAUUAGGAGCAGAGGUAUAGGCAGGCCUAAUGUAUGAGUGGGAGCUUUAGCUAUGAAACAGGAUUUAAAUUGAAUAACUUUUAAGAAAGACAAGAUAACUAGGUUGACAUUUUUAGUAGUUUUAUUGUGGGGUCUCAGAUCUUAGGAAUAAACUUAUCAGGCUUUAGGUCUCAGGAAAACAAAUAAGUUUAUUGUUAAAGUAUGUGAUAAACAAACCAAGCAGGUAUUUAAGUUUAACAAAGCUAAGUUUUUAUUUUGGUUUCAUAGAAAGAUUUCUUCAAAUGAUGGCAGACAAACGUUUCCCUCUUUUCCAGGGAAUCCUUUGUGGACAAAGCAAAUUGUUCAGGCCUGAACAGCAAAGGUGGACGGCAGUGGCAGAAAUUGGCAUUAAAAAUUUACAUGUUCUGUGAUUUAAAAUAAGGUUUGGGAUGUUUUGGGAAUUUAAAGUCGUAAGGAAAUCAUAUUUAAAUGUCAAAUUAUUCUGGCUUAAACGUGUAUAUAAAUGUACUCUUUAUCGGACCAUAUUGUCCCAAAUUUAGAAAAUUUCUAU